GAAGCGACAACCCAAAAAGAGUGCAGGCUGGAAGAAGAAGAAAAAAAACACAGAGUGGAGGCCUGAAUCAUAUCGCUUGAUUGGCUUCUUCACAUCAGAUCCACCACCGGGCUGUAAACCUCGGCCUGGACCCGACCUGCCACUCCUGACCCGUUCCUGUAGGAGUCAGGCAAUACGUGGCAGAUUAAUGAGCAUGUCCUCCUCAUAGAGCUGAAGUACCUGCCACAGAGAAGAAACAGGCGAGUCUGUCUUGAGCUUGGCCAUGGCCCACGCCACCAGUAUCCAGUAUGAACCAGUGGCAGAGAUCGGAGGAGGCGCUUACGGGACUGUUUAUAAGGCCAGAGACACGGAGAGCGGGCAGUUUGUUGCUCUGAAGAGCGUGCGUGUCCAGACGGAUCAAAAUGGCCUGCCGAUCUCCACGGUCAGAGAGGUGGCUCUGUUGAGAAGGCUGGAGCAGUUUGACCACCCAAAUGUAGUCAGGCUCAUGGAUGUAUGUGCCACCCAGAGGUCAGACCAGGAGACUAAAGUCACUCUGGUCUUUGAGCAUGUGGACCAAGACCUCAAGACGUACCUCGAGAGAGCUCCAGCUCCCGGCUUAUCUCCUGGCCGCAUUAAAGACUUGAUGAGGCAGUUGCUGUGUGGUCUUACAUUCCUUCACUCUAACCGCGUGAUGCACAGAGACCUGAAACCAGAGAAUAUUCUGGUAACCAGCCAGGGCCAGGUGAAGCUAGCUGACUUUGGGCUAGCCAGGAUCUACAGCUGCCACAUGGCUCUCACUCCUGUGGUGGUGACACUGUGGUAUCGCCCUCCUGAGGUGCUGCUACAGUCCAGUUACGCCACACCUGUGGACAUCUGGAGCACCGGCUGCAUCUUUGCUGAGAUGUUCCGACGCAAACCGUUGUUCUGUGGUGAAUCAGAAGUGGAUCAACUUGGGAAAAUUUUUGAAGUUAUUGGCUUGCCACCAGAGGACGAUGGUCCGACUGACGUCACACUGUCAAAAAAAACUUCCCCUCUCAUGCCUCGCCCAAUUGCUGACUUUGUUUCAGAGAUAACUGAGCAGGGGGCAAAACUAUUGCUGAACAUGCUGACCUUUGACCCCUUGAAACGAAUAUCCGCCCUGAAUGCACUAGAACAUCCAUAUUUCCAGGACGAGGAGACAUUGACUCAGACAAAAAGCUGAAAUGAUG